GAUCAUACCCCAGCUGGAGAACUCACCUUCACAGGUUUCACCGAGUAGCCUGCCUGGCUCCGAGAUUUCGGAAGCUACAAGGACUUACUUGCAAGGAGUGAGCCGCUAUGACCUGGACGAGCUCGAUGCUUGCUGGUUGGAACUUGUUAAUAUGGAGCUCAAGGAGAUGGAAAAGCCCGAGCUGGAUGAGAUCACCCUGGAACGAGUGCUGGAGGAGCUGGAGACCAUGUGCUACGAAAACAUGAACAUCGCCAUCGAAACGGAGGAGGGCUUGGGCAUCGAGUACGACGAGGACGUGGUGUGCGACGUCUGCCGCUCGCCGGAGGGAGAGGACGGCAACGAGAUGGUGUUCUGCGACAAGUGCAACGUCUGCGUGCACCAGGCGUGCUACGGCAUCCUGAAGGUCCCCAUCGGGAGCUGGCUGUGCCGGACCUGCGCCCUCGGGGUUCAGCCCAAGUGUCUACUGUGCCCGAAGAGAGGGGGAGCGCUGAAGCCCACCAGGAGCGGGACAAAAUGGGUCCACGUUAGCUGUGCCUUAUGGAUACCUGAAGUUAGCAUUGGAUGUCCUGAAAAAAUGGAACCCAUUACAAAGAUCUCACAUAUCCCAGCAAGCAGAUGGGCUUUGUCCUGCAGCCUCUGCAAGGAGUGCACCGGGACGUGUAUUCAGUGCUCCAUGCCCGCCUGUGUCACCGCGUUCCACGUCACCUGCGCCUUCGACCACAACCUUGACAUGCGGACUAUUCUAGCAGACAAUGACGAAGUGAAGUUCAAGUCCUUCUGCCUUGAGCACAGCACCGGUGCCACCAAGCUGCCCGAGGAGGCACGGACAGAGCCCGACCAAGCCCAGCUGGACUUGGAGAAGGUCACGCUGCGGAAGCAGAAGCUCCAGCAGCUGGAGGAGGACUUCUAUGAACUCGUGAAGCCUUCAGAGGUGGCGGAGAACCUUGACUUAAGCGAAUCGCUGGUGGAUUUUGUCUACCAGUACUGGAAGCUGAAGAGGAAAGCAAAUUCCAACAAACCGCUGCUGACACCAAAAACGGAUGAGGUGGACAACUUGGCCCAGCAAGAACAGGACGUUCUCUACCGACGCUUAAAGCUCUUCAUGCACCUCAGGCAAGACCUGGAGAGGGUUAGAAAUCUCUGUUACAUGGUGACGAGACGGGAGAAAAUGAAACACACCAUUUGUAAACUCCAGGAGCAGAUCUUCCAUCUCCAGAUGAAGCUUAUUGAGAAAGAUCUUUACCCAG